CUGUCUGCAGUAUUGCAGACAUUUUUUGGUGGAUAAUGGAGUUUUUCACGUGCUCUGCUGGCGUCACUCCUCUGUUCUUCAAACCAAAAAGUGGGGAUGGCUUAUCUAUUCAGAAGUACGAAGGAUUUUCCUCUUUGACGUUUAAAAGACCUGCUUCUCACAAUGCUCCGUGCACAUUUUGUGCCUUCAGGAUCUGAAUCAUUGUACGGUGUUUGCAUGUCUCCGACCCAAAGUGGUCCUGCAUUUCGACAAUAGCAGCUGCACAGAGCAGAGCCUUCUAGGUUUCCUAUCAGGCUGGGGAUUCUUGCUUCCCCUCCCCCCCUUCCAGUUUGGAGCAAAGUUAUCCAGGAUCACCUUUCAGAUGUUUAAAAUUGAUUACUAAUCUUCCCAAAUCCAUGCUAUGGAUAAUAUAGACUUUAACAUGUUUCAUUAAUGGGCAGGAUUAGCAAAGUUCAUGAAUACUUCGAGGGAUUGCAUUGCAGAUAUAUUAUCCCUGGAGAUGUGAAUGAAUUUGGGCUUUUGCUUCAGGGAGGCAUCCUAUUCUGUCUGUCAAUAAUGUGUAACGAUAACAGAUUUCAUGGCAGAUCUCGAAGUAUAUAAAAAUUUAAGCCCAGAAAAAGUUGAAAGAUGCAUGAGUGUAAUGCAGUCUGGGACUCAGAUGGUUAAACUGAAGAAUGGAGCCAAAGGUCUUGUGCGUCUUUUUUACCUGGAUGAGCACAGGACUUGCAUCAGGUGGAGGCCAUCCAGGAAAAGCGAGAAAGCAAAAAUCAUCAUUGAUUCUAUCUACAAAGUUACUGAAGGCCGGCAGUCAGAAAUAUUCCAUCGCCAUGCUGAGGGCAACUUUGAUCCGAGCUGCUGCUUUACCAUUUACCAUGGCAACCAUAUGGAGUCACUGGAUCUGAUCACCUCUAACCCAGAGGAAGCUCGUACCUGGAUCACCGGGUUGAAAUACCUGAUGGCUGGAAUCAGCGAUGAAGACUCUCUUGCCAAAAGACAGAGAACACAUGAUCACUGGGUGAAGCAGACCUUUCAGGAAGCAGACAAGAAUGGUGAUGGCUUGCUGAAUAUUGAAGAAAUCCACCAGUUGAUGCAUAAAUUGAACGUCAGCCUGCCCCGGAGGAAAGUAAGACAAAUGUUUCAGGAGGCUGACACUGAUGAGAACCAGGGAACCUUAACUUUUGAAGAAUUUUCUGUGUUUUACAAGAUGAUGUCAUUAAGGCGUGACCUCUACUUACUGCUUUUGAGCUACAGUGACAAGAAAGACCACCUCACCAUCGAGGAAUUUGCUCAGUUUCUGAAGGUAGAACAAAAGAUGAAUAACGUGACAACAGAGUAUUGUCUGGACAUCAUAAGGAAAUUCGAGGUUUCAGAAGAAAACAAGACCCAAAAUGUUCUGGGCAUAGAAGGCUUUACCAACUUCAUGCGUAGUCCUGCCUGUGAUGUGUUCAACCCCCUGCACAGUGAGGUACACCAGGAUAUGGACCAGCCCCUUUGCAAUUAUUACAUUGCUUCUUCUCACAACACAUACCUAACUGGAGACCAGCUUCUGUCUCAGUCUAAAGUUGAGAUGUAUGCCCGAGUUCUUCAAGAUGGCUGCAGAUGUCUUGAAGUUGACUGCUGGGAUGGUCCAGAUGGGGAGCCAGUUGUGCAUCAUGGUUAUACUCUUACUUCCAAAAUACUCUUUAAAGAUGUAGUGGAAGCAAUCAACAAAAAUGCCUUUGCUAAGAAUGAGUUUCCAAUUAUAUUGUCUAUUGAAAAUCACUGCAGUAUUCAACAGCAAAAGAAAAUUGCUCAGUACCUCAAGGAGAUUUUCACUGAUAAGCUGGACUUGACUUUGGCGAGCACUGGGGAUUCCAAGCAGCUUCCGAGUCCUCAGAGUCUGAAAGGCAAAAUCCUAAUCAAGGGUAAAAAGCUCCCCUAUAGCCUUGGUGCAGAUGCUGAAGAAGGGGAGGUUUCUGAUGAAGACAGCGCGGAUGAAAUUGAAGACGACUGCAAGUUAAAGCUCUCUUAUAGUAAUGGCACCACUGAGCACCAGAUGGAAUCUUUUAUAAGGAAGAAGCUUGAAUCCUUGUUAAAAGAGUCUCAGAUCAGGGACAAAGAAGACCCCGACAGCUUCACUGUGAGGGCGCUCUUAAAAGCAACACACGAAGGUUUAAAUGUAAACUUCAAACAGAACUCAGACAUGAAAGACACUGGGAAGAAAUCUCACAGUAGACUAAUGAGCAACUUUGGUAAACAUAAGAAGGCAGCGAAACCAAGAUCCAAAUCUCAUAGCACAUCUGAUGAUGAGGAUGCUCAACAAAAUUAUUCUGGGAAGGAACCUGGACAGCUGUACAGCAGGUUGGGUCGACGGAGAAAAACUAUGAAGCUGUGUCGUGACCUUUCUGAUUUAGUGGUGUACACCAAUUCUGUAGCAGCUCAAGACAUAGUUGAUGAUGGAUCUGUGGGGAAUGUGUUAUCCUUCAGUGAGACAAGAGCGCACCAGGUGGUGCAACAGAAGGCAGAGCAGUUUAUGCUUUAUAACCAGAAGCAGCUCACCAGAAUCUAUCCCUCGGCCUACCGGAUUGACUCCAGCAACUUCAACCCUUUACCAUAUUGGAAUGUUGGCUGUCAGCUCGUGGCAUUAAACUACCAGUCUGAUGGGCGUGCGAUACAAUUGAACCAAGCCAAGUUCAGGAUGAAUGGGAACUGCGGAUACAUCCUGAAACCUCAACAGAUAUGCAAAGGGACAUUCAAUCCCUGUACUGCGGAUCCACUUCCUGCUCUCCCAAAGAAGCAACUUAUACUCAAAAUCAUCAGCGGGCAGCAGCUACCAAAACCUCCAGAUUCCAUGUUAGGAGACAGGGGAGAGGUAACCAAUAUAAUCGAUCCAUUUGUUGAGGUGGAAAUUAUUGGGUUGCCAGUGGACUGCUGCAAAGACCAGACCAGGGUAGUAGAUGACAAUGGGUUUAAUCCUGUUUGGGAAGAAACUCUCACUUUUACCAUCCACAUGCCCGAAAUAGCCUUGGUUCGGUUUCUUGUUUGGGAUCACGAUCCGAUUGGCCGAGAUUUUGUUGGACAAAGAACCGUGGCCUUCAGCAGCCUUAUGCCUGGCUACCGUCAUGUUUAUUUGGAGGGACUGACUGAAGCCUCUAUAUUUGUUCAUGUAACAAUCAAUGAAAUUUAUGGGAAGAACAAGCAACUGAUAGGACUCCGAGGACUUUUUAACAAGAACCCCAAACAUAAUUCUGUGGAAAAUAAUGCACAUUAUAUUCGGAAAAGGUCAAUUGGGGAACGAAUUCUCCGGCGCACGGCCAGUGCACCAGCAAAGGGGAGGAAGAAGAGCAAAAUGGGCUUUCAAGAAGCUACUGAACUUAAGGAGAGUGUGUGUGAGGCAACCGAUUUGAAAGACAAGGAAGGGGUCCUCAGACGUACAAGUAGGAGUUUGCAGGCACGUCCGAUCUCCAUGCCAGUUGACAAAUAUCUUCUUAUGGGUUUGCCAUCACCAGAUAAGGAUGCUGCCCCAGUUGCUGUUGCCACCAAAAAUGAAAAUACCUCUGCAGAAAGUAAAAAGGCUGUGAAAGAGGAUGAAGCACAUUUGAAAGAGCCAGUCACCUCUUCUGAGAAUGAAUCACCAUUUACAAAAUUUGAGUCUCCACUGAAAAAAGAUGCUCCCAAGGCUGACAUUUAUGUGAGUUUACCUGCAUAUGAAAAGCCGGGAAGUUUAGACUUUGCAGUUGGCAUAGCUGAAACCUAUUUCUCCACUGAGUAUUGGAAAAGUAAUCUUUCCAGUGAGCCUGUUCACCUAAAGGAGGAACUUGAAAAAGACAAGGAUGAAGGCAUAUGUUGCAUGGAUCAAAAGACAAUGGAGGACACUACAUUCUGCAAAGAGAAAAAAAUAGUAGCAGAAAAUUCUCUUUCUCUAAGAGAUCAAGAAGUAACUAGUAUCAGAUCUCACACAAUUGUAAAUAGCACUCUAACUAAUUCACCAUUAGCUGAUGCAUCUUCCCCUACCUGUAAUGAUGUCCAUGACUUCCAUUCCAAUUCAGCCAUACAAGAUAGUGAUAUUUCUCAUCUUAUAAGUGAGGUCUCUUUAUCUGAUGAGAGUGAUAUGAGUAGUUCUGUCUCAGCAUUGAUAGGACAGUUUGAUGUCAGAAACAAUCAAACUACUUUGACUAUUGUUCCAAGUCUUCCCAGAAUUAGCAAAAAGGUUGUUAAUAUGAAGUCUGCGCAUAAGUCAUCCAGUGAUCAGAAUACAACUUUUGACUACAAGUCUCCUGGUCUAACGCCAAUCAGAUCACCAUUAUAUUCAGCACCAGAAAUUACUGUAUCAACUCCUCAAACAACAGAGUGUCCUCUGUACAGAAUUAUCCAUGAGUCUUCUCUUUCUCCAGCUUCUCUUCAUGAGUCAAUGAGCAAACCGCCUUGCAAGGAUAUAAAAUAUGUUGCAGAAGACACAUGUCCAGUGUUUUCUUGCAUUUCACCUGCCACUGGGCUAAAAGAAAACCCCACAAGGAAAUGUGGAACAACCUGGAAAUCUAACAAUAGCAACUCUGGCUUUUCUGACAGCUCAGACUUGGAACAUACAAUAGUUGUCCCUUUCACUUGUGCAAAUUCCACAGGCAGCAGCCUAAUGGAAGUUGAUGGAGAGUUGCAAGACCUCUUGAUAACUACCUAUGAAUAUAAGAGGGAAGAUAUGAGCCAAGUUGCAUCUCCUUUGAAACUGAAGCAUAAUCAGGACACUCUGUACUAUGACAAAUCAAUCUGUGGAAACCCAAACAGUGAGGACCUUCACAAUGCCAACUUACUUGAAGACUUUGAGUUUAGGAGCAAGAAAAAUCAGUAUGUUCCUUACCCGGAACAUCAAUGUGUUAAUCUUUUGUACAAUAAUUAUUUGCAAAUUUCACACACGCAAAAUGAAUUGUUAAACAUCUCUCCAGCAGCUAACAUGGACUCCUCUCCUAUGCCCAAGAAUGCUCUGCCUUCUUCUUCUCCUACAGCUCAAAAACUGCCAAGUCCGUGUAAAUCCAAGAGUCUUGGAGACUUAACCUCAGAAGACAUCUCAUGCAAUUUUGAAAGCAAGUACAAGUACAUAAGCAGAGGUUUUAUUUCAUCUGGCAUGAGAGACAAGAUGGUGACUGCUCUGAAGGCUAAGAAACUGCAGACUACAGAUUCCCUGACAGAACAACUGCGGAAACUAGUGUCUUUUGAUCAUGAGGAUGGUUGCCAAUCAGUUUGUAACAAGCAGGAUGACGGUUGUCCUAAAAUGUUGGUCAGAAAACUAUCAUCCAGGAGUCAAAGCAGAGUGCGAAACAUUGCCAGUCGUGCCAAGGAGCGACAAGAAGCUAAUAAGCAAAAACUUUCUAAUGCUAGCAGUAACAUAACAGGGGUAGUCCUUAGAAGUAAGAACCCUGUAUCCCCUCACAUGAUCAACAGACAUUCCACUGGUUCUUACAUAGCAAGCUAUCUGGAUAACUUCAGUGCAGAUGAUCUCGAAGGCCGAGGUGUCCCAGAGGGUGCAUGCACAUCUUUGCGCUAUGGGUACAAUGACCGGUUUUAUACAGAUGAUUCUCUUUUAGAGACCAAGCCAAGUGAAGACGAUAAACCAGAAAUUUAUUUUCUCCUGAGACUGUAAAUUGUAUAAAUGUACAUUGUCAUUGUUUAUAAGCUUUGUCACAGUAUGAAGGAUUAUCAGUAACCAAUGCAGCCAUUAGCAUUUACGUAACUCAGAAAUGCAUUUUUCACUGCUUGAGCCUUGCCAUGAAUUAAUGUGUCCAUUGCCAUGAUAGUUGAUGUAAAUAGAUGUCAUAAAACUUUAUGUACUUUAUACAAUAGCACAUUUGUUGUUUGCAUGAAAUAGAUGCAAGAGGUCCAGAUGUUCUGUAUUUGCAACGCUUGUUCAACAGAAUUUGGUAUGGUCACUGAUUACCACAAAUCCUGCACUCCAUACAACAUUUCUUCCCCUUUUUGCCCCUAUCAUUUAGCUACUUCAAAGGAAUGUUAGAGUGGUUAUUGUCUUAUGAUACUCCCACCUUUGUACCUAAUCGCAUGAGUUUGUAAUAGAUGCCUUUUUCAUCAAAGAAAUUAAAUACUUACACCUGUAUUUGUUAGACGGUGAGGAUGAUAAUGGUAAGCAUCCAGAGCUGAUGCUGUUUUAUAGUAAUAAAAGCAAAGACUGGGGCCUUCUGCAAUUUACAAAAUGUGCUGAAAAGAUUUUGGGGGAAAAUUGUAAGUUUUGAGGGUGCACAAUUUGAAUUCCUAAUGUUGAAACAAAGAUUUUGGAUUUUCAAGUUUACAUUUCAGAUUUUGGGAAAAAAGAAACAGUAGCAAACCUAAAGCCUUAGUUCAUGGGUGGAGCUCAGCCAGUGGUGUGUCUUACAACAAGCAUUCUGAUGUAAAGUUUGGGUUUCAGGAUUUGAUUUGGGGGUGGAGUGAUAAGAAAUUGCCUCAGUCACAGUACCUGUGCUGCAUACAUGGGAUAUCUGAUGUGCUUCCAAAGUGUUGACCAGCUUCUCUUCAACGUUAGGACUAUUCUGAAUGUGCACAUGGGGAAUAAUGGCCCCCUGACUCUGAGCAGAAUGGAGUAACCAUUGUUCCCAAGAAGUUCUACAAUGCAUAUGGGCUCCCAUUAGUGCUUUGCAUCAUGUGUUCUAUUUCAAAUGUUUGCUAUAUUUGUUGCACCUACACUCCUAAGAAUACCACAUCUGCCUGCGAUUGCUGAGCUGUAACCCUAAAAAGUGACUUUACAUUGUGAAGUUGAAUUUGCUGAACUACAACUCCCCUAAUGGCUCAUCAUUUGUUAUACUGGCUGGGGCUCAUGGGAGUGGUAGUUCAGCAACAUCUGGAGGGCCACAGAUUGCCCACCUUUCCUUAACAUGAUCAAAGACUCAUGCUGAUUUGUUUCAUGUGUCUGUAUCCCAGUAUUGGGGUACUUGGAUCGUUUGAAACCAACAUGGUUGAUAAAACUUCUCUGCCAUACUUUGGAGUUGCCCUUCUGUGAACGGAUAUCUUCUCAAGUCAUACAUAAGCUUACUCUUCUCCCGUUGGUUGCCUGGCUGUGUAAACUAAGUGGAGUUUGACCUCAUGGAACUAUAGAGUUUAAUCCUGCCCUUCCAUGCAUAAACAGUUAAAGACUAGUGAUUUUUCUAAGGGUAUCUCCAUAUUCUAAAAUAUCAUGCUUUUAUUUUGUGGCUAUAAUAAACAGUACUCCAGCAGCAUCUAGUGACAGAAAUCACACACUGAAUUAUCAAGAAAAGAAGGAGGUAACAUCCUAUUCACCCCUUCCUAUCCACAGGGAAAGCUCACUUUUGAAACUUGCAUGUAGACUCAGGCAGUCCAAGCACAAAGGCCCAGUGCAGAUGUAACAUUCCUGAUACUCUAAUCAGGGAGUAACACAGGCUUCCUCCCUUCUCUUCCUUUUUGUGAGGUUUUCCUCCUCAUCUGUUUUCCUUUGGCCAGCAUUGCAUCUGUAUCAGAUGUAACCAUGGUUAGUGCCCACGAAACCAGUGUUUAAAAUCAGGGUUUGUGGAUUUUCCAAAACCUGGUUUUUAAAGAAUCUGUCUAACAUUAACAGUGGCUUGAAUUGAUGCAGUUCCAACAUUAAUAAAUAUGAAGUGGUGGGAGGGAGGACACACGCAAGCCAGAAAAAUACCUUCCUACACAUCCCCAAGAUUCAUAAAGUGGUAAUGUCUUCCCAUCUUUUUCUCUCUCCUCCCCCCCCCCGGUUUUCUCUGGGACCUAUUAGAUAUCCAUCUCUAAUGGACAUAAAGGGGAAGUUGAAGCAAAUCCAUGUUUUUUUCUUUGUCUGUGAAUUCAUUUGGCUGUGAAUGUAAUUGAAACACAGUAGCAAAGUGAUGCAGAAAGCCUACAUUAGGAUAUAAUGCUAAGCCAUGAAGGCUUGUUUAUUAAGUCAUACAUUUAAUAAACUCCCUCUUUGCUCCUCCCUUCACAGAAGUGAGCAAACAAACCACAAAGAGCCUAGCUUAGCACUGUGUCCGAACUUGGGAUCAUGGUUAGUUUCACCCUAGCAAACCACAAUUGCUAAGCUAACAACAAACUUUGGUUUAAAGCUGGCUAGUGAUUAUGGUUUGUUAGGGUGAAACAAACCAUGAUCCUCGGUUUAGAUAGAACACUAAGCUAGCCCCUUUGUGGUUUGUUUACCAGCUUGGGUGAAAAGAGGAGUGCAGUGGGAGGGCCCGGGCUGCGUGUACAAGCACACAGCUCAUGCAAAGCAAGCUUGGUGGCUUGGCAUUAUGUGCAAAUGUGACCAAUAAAGCCACACUUACUCCAACAUAAAAAGUAACUAGGCUGUUCAUCAUCCUGUGGUUUUGAGACAAGGGCUUUUUCUAUGUGAAGUGGGGCGAGGGGAAGAGGGAUUGUAAGAAAAAAGGGAAAAAAUUGUCCAAGCUCUUCCCUCUAGACUAGAAUAAUGCAAUGUUAUCCUAGGGGAUUUGUUUUCAUUGUAUGGUGCAUUUUUUGUUUGGUGUAAAAGUUAUAUACCUAAUACCUCUUUUUCUUUUGUAGUACAGGAUAUUAUUUGUAUUCAUGGAAGAGAAACAUU